AUGAAGAAAUCGACUUUCUUUCUCUUCCGACUUCGAUCGACGCCACGCACAAGAGGAAAUAUGAAUUCAACCGAUCAAAAUCAUGCUCCAACUGCAAGUAGUCAAGAUGUGGGAGGUUCGGGUUCUAAUCAACAAAAUACCGAUUCUGUGGAUCAACAAGAUGGGACAAAUAUUAAUGAUACAGUUUUUGAUGAAGAUGGAGAUGAAGUUGUUGGUUCGAAAAGGGCAACGCGUUCACCGACAUGGCAACAUUUUAUAAAAUUUAAUUUGAAUGGUGAAGUUAAAGCAAGAUUUCCUGGUUCAUCUUCAUUUGGUUCUAGUAUCUCUUCUGGUCAUCGUGUUGGAUUCAAAAAGCUCUUAUCGGAUAUUGCUUCUAUUACUAGAGAUGAUGAUGAAUCAGGAGCAACUUGUUCUGAAGAGAUGGAGGCAUAUUGUCGUUCUGUUGAAUUUGAUUAUGAUGUGGAAGAGGAAAACACUAAAGAAAGCGGGACAACAAGUUUGGAUGAUUUUGUUUGAUUUUGAGUUUGUAACUUUGUUUUAAUGUUAAGUGGUAAUGUAUUAUUGUGAUGAAUUAGUUUUUAAUGUUGUGUACUUGGGUGUUUUGGUUGAUUGGUUGAUGUUACAAUAAUAGACUAUUAGUAAUUUCUAUUUGGUUUAAU